GGCACAUUUUGAUUGGCGGGCGUCAGAACAACAGCGACGUGAUCAGUAGAAGGCUCGGGGCUUGCUGUAUUUCACGGAUCGCACUCCAUACCAGAAGCCUGCUGUAAGUCGAGAACAGGCUGUGGUUGACGUAUAGGAAAAUGAAUGAUUGGACUCCCAUUGCAAAAGAAUAUGACCCUCUUAAGGCUGGCAGUAUUGAUGGUACAGAUGAAGAGCCACAUGAUCGCGCUGUGCUUCGGGCCAUGUUGGCUCGUUAUGCACCCAAUAAAGGUGUUGUUGGAGACCCCCAGUUAACAUUAUUUGUGGCUAGAUUAGGCCAAGAAACAACAGAGGAGAAGCUAAAAGAUUUUUUUUCUCGUUAUGGAGAUAUACAGAGGAUCCGAUUGGUUAGAGACAUCAUUACUGGGUUUUCAAAAGGCUAUGCUUUUAUUGAAUAUAAACAAGAGAGUGCCAUAAAAAAAGCCUACAGAGAUGGCAACAAACUAGUAAUUGAUCAGCAUGAAAUAUUUGUGGAUUAUGAACUGGAAAGGAUGCUGAAAGGAUGGAUUCCACGUCGACUAGGUGGAGGGUUUGGUGGUAAAAAAGAAUCUGGACAAUUGAGAUUUGGAGGACGUGACAGACCAUUCAGGAAACCAAUUAAUUUGCCAGUCUACCCAAUUAAUGCUCGUGCUGAAGGACAUAUUGAUAAAAGACAAAGAUCUCGGUCUAGAGAAAGACAUCAAGAGUGGAGAGAGAAGAAAACUGAUUUUUUUCAGGACAGAGGAAUCGAAGGUAGACGGCAUGAUAGGUCACAUAAUCGUCAUAAAGAACAGACUGAAGAGAGACCCUACAAAGCUGAGCGGAACAGAGAUCAGGAAAGAGGUGAAAAACCCAGACGAAGAAAGGAUAACAAAAGGGAUAGAAGUAGAGAAAGAGACUUCAAGAAAUAGUGGCCAGAGACAGUUUUGCUAGAUGGCAUGUAUACAUAACUUCUACUGUAUAGGAAACAAUUAUUCCACAUUACCAGUGCCAUCCAAAUGAGCAUUAAAAUUUUAUUCA